CAAAGUCUCAGUAUAGGUUGGAAGAAUGAUAAUAACUCAAACAAUCUCUAUUCUGUUCUUCAUUCGAUUAAAGAUUCAUUGUUGUCUGGGUGUUGUUUUACUAUGCAGUGCUUCCAUUAUUGCAGGUGUUGUUGACUUUUGGCUGUUGUGCAAUGGAUUCGACUGAUCCGAUAUAUUCUCCUUUUUUCGGUGUGAUUGGCGCAGUUUCUGCAGUGGUAUUUUGUUGCUUGGGCGCUGCUUAUGGGACUGCCAAGUCCGGAGCAGGCAUCUGCUCAGUGGGAGUGAUGAGACCUGAAUUAAUCAUAAAGUCAAUUAUUCCGGUUGUUAUGGCUGGUAUAAUAGCAAUUUAUGGUCUCGUCGUAGCGGUUCUUAUAGUUCAACGUGGUCAGGAUUUGAAGAAACUUGACGUGUCUCUUAAUCAGCUCGGUGCUGGCCUGAGUGUAGGACUUAGUGGUCUUGGUGCAGGUUUUGCCAUUGGGAUAGUUGGUGAUGCUGGUGUACGUGGCACAGCUCAACAGUCUAGGUUAUUCGUAGGAAUGGUGCUAAUCCUAAUUUUCGCUGAAGUCCUUGGUCUUUACGGAUUAAUUGUCGCUCUUAUUUUGUCCACAAAGUGAACUCUCUUACCUCAACUACCCUACUUACCCUGCUGUCUCAUACUAAUCAACUAUGUCAAAAACAUCUAUUCUUUUGACAUACUUAUCAAUAUAACAUUAAUUUUAUGUCGUCUGUGAAACUAAUCAAUUGACCUCGCUGAGAAAUACACUCAGUGGUGAUAUUCAUUUAUCCUUUUACUUAACCAAUCAGUCCAUUCCAAAUCAUGUACGUCCAGCCGAAAUCAGUUCUCCUCAUAUAUUGGACGUGGUUAGUACAUUUUGAUUUUCAUCUUUUUGUAAGUGAUAUAAAACUGCAAAUCUGUAAUCUGUUCGUGUCAAAUGUUUUAUCUGCGACAUUUGAAUGCACAUUCUAUUUUCAGUUAGCCUAAUUUAUUGCUGGACACAUGCAUAAUACUUUUUCUUUGUGGUUAUUGUCUUUUUGUAUGUUAAGUCGAUCCAGUUAUACUAAAUAUAGAGUUUUCCUAUCACUGUGUUAAUCAUAUAUCAACCAAUACUUCAGAUACUAUGGACAGUCUUUCCAACUGUUACUAUGAUGAUUUAAUCUGCAGACAAUGGGUACGUAGUCGUGGUGUGACUAGUCUUGAGCUAGUCAAGAUGAUAAGAUUCGAGUAGAUCCUGCCGAAUUCCAAAGGGUUGCUUUGCUAUAAUCAUUUAGUAGGUAGUUUAAAGCAACGUGGUUGUCAAGUUUAAUAUUUCCCAAUCUCACUGCGAAUGCUUACAGAGAUGCGCUUGAUUUAUCUUUGUCUAGGCGUGUAGCAACUUUGUUAUGUACAGUACAAGAUUAUUUUCAUUUGGGCUCGGAAUUCGUAUUGUCAAUUAGUCUUGUUCCUACGUUACUCAUCCAUGUAUGCCUUAAACUUCUUUAAUAAAUGCAAUUCAUAUAGUAGCGAUUUAAGCACUUGCCGUCAGUCUGUUUAAAAGGACGAACUCAGCUUUUGCCAUACCGACCUAGUCGUGUUUUUCUGAGUUUCACAAAGAUUCGAUAAGUUUCUCAGAAUUGUUUUUUUACAUCAAGUGAUUAAGCUGAUACAAAUGGGUGUAUGUUUACAUCAUAAGCACUAAGCAGCGACUCAAAAUAUGUAUUAGAAUUGAAACGAAAUUAGCAACUAUGAUUAAUUGAUUUUAUUGAAGCAUAGUAGAUAUAUUUAGCAAUGUUUUACUUGGUUUUUGUCCCUUGCAACGAGGACUGCAUGUGAUAGCUGUCGUUAGCAUUAGGUCCUAGAUCUUGUUAUUUAACUGAUAUCGCUGUCGAGCAGUUAUGUUCGCUUGUAACUUAGUUGCUCCUACUUAAAGUCCGAAGAUUGUUACGAAACAAGUCACCAAUAAAUAGUAUAUUUAAAUCCAAUUGAAUUGGUAUAUGGUGCAUGAUAAUCCCAAUGGGCUAUAUCUAUGAUAACUCAAUUCUGUGUUAACAUUUUGUUUGCUGAGACAAUAUCCUCGUGAGAUAUGACAAGCUAAACUCAACCAUUUAUAAAUAUUGAUUUUUCUUCCUUCAUAUGUUUCAACGAGUGGUUUGUCAGUCUGCAUAUAAAGUGAAUUCUAAUUGGUGGUGGUCACCUAGUCUCUGUCCUUAUUCUAUAUAGCGAGUGGUUAGGUAUACUGUUUGACACCCAAAUGUUAGCAUUACUCAAGUGAAUAAGUUCGGUUUAAUAUAAUUUUUCUCAGUGAAUUCCGGAAAAAAACUUAUUGACGAGUUCAGUUAUCUUUCCCGAGAAAUUUUUUGUUUUGAUUACUUAAAACCAUAUAUGAAUACGUCCAAACAUAAUCCGAUGCAUUAUCAUAUUUCGCUGUACUGAUAUGUGUGAAACGAGUAGUCAAUGAGGGUGAAUGAGCCUAGUGCAGCAUCUCCUGAAGUACAGGUGAUAGCCGUUAAGGGUUUCUACGUGUUUUCAUUGAGCAAAUGAUUGAUGAUAGGUCGUAGGUAUUAAGUGGAAUGUUGCAUCAGCAGUUCCACAAGAUGCCCAGUUAAAUCGCAAACUAGUCUAAACAAUCGAAAAAAAUCCUAUAUCAUAUGGGGUAACUACAGUAAUCUAGUGGAUGCAUUGUCGCAAUCCUUCGUUUCUCCAUAUAAUAAUAAGCUUAAGUUACAGUGAGAAUAUCAAAACAUGUAAAUAAUCCAAUCGAUGAACCUCUAAUAAAUUAAGAUACCCUGGAUUGUGUUUCCAGUUGCUAAUUAAUGUUUGUAGAUACUUAACUGUAUCCUUCGUUAUCAUCAAAAUUAAAUGUUUGUCUGGGUCAUAUUAGUCAGCUGUAGCUCGCUGAGAGAAGCCUUCUGGAGACUGGUUGCUUGUCCUUAAUAUUUCUAACUAAUAUAGUUUUGCAAUAUCGCAUUGUUAUUUUCUGGCUGUGGGAAAAUAUGCCACCGACACAUCAGUAACUACAAAUUUAACUUACGCGAAAGUUGUGCAAGAAGAACACUCUUAGUAAUUAAUAAU